AUGAGUUCGCGCCAUUGGCAGGUACUCGCGAGUACCAGCCGCCCCGGCUGCUACGAGCUGAACAUGAUCAACACCACAGGCGCCGAUCACGAACCGCUCCCCGCACAUCCUUACCAGAUCUUCGCCCUCGCCAAGAGCGCUGACGUUCAUCCACUGCAGAUACAUACUCUGCGGAACGCCUUCGCCCCCUCCGCAGCCUCAUGGCACCGCACGGGCCGAGAGACCGCCGGCCCCGCGCUGUCGAACUGGUGCCUGGCGUACAACCAGUCCGACGAUCUGGUCUGGCUGAACACGCAGGGCUACCACGAGGGGUACUUCGUGGUGAACAGCGCGCCGGGCGGGGCGCAUUUCGUGUGGGCCGAAUUCGCCGUCAAGGCGCGGGACCACGAGGCCCGGUACAUGGUGCUGGAGCGCGGGGUGAUCCCGAGCAUGGGGGGCCAGGCGGCGUGCACGCACGCGGACAUGGUGGAGUUGGCGCGGCGGUGGGAUGGGUACGAGGUCACUGGGGACGAGAAGGAGUACUUUCUGGGGUGCAUCCGGGCGGCGACGCAAAAGCGCGAUGAGAUGGCGGCUUGA